UUGCAGAAUUGUGUCGACUGUGGAAGCUGUAAGACUCAAAUCUAUUUUUGUUUUUCGAUAUUUUUGGGAGCGUCAAAAUUAGAUUGCGUUUAAAAGUGUUUUAAAAAUGUCAAAAAUGAUCAAUUUAAGCUUCAUAGCUUGCAUCAUCAUCAUCAUUUGCGGCUCAUCAUUAUCAUCCGUAAUUGAAUGUGAAUUUGACGACCACAAAUACGAUGUGUUGGGCAAAAUCUAUCGCUGUGAAGUCAUUAACAAUCCAAAGAUGAAUACACCAGGCACAGCAAUGAUCACUAAUGUAAAAGGUAAGCACGAGGAUUCAAGAAAUAACACACAUGUGAUUGGAUUUCGAGCUGGCGGAAGUAAAAUGGAAGUUUUUCCAAAAUACAUGCUGCAAUAUUUUCCAAAUCUUCAAGCGAUUGUAAUCAAGUCGAGUGAAAUUAAGGAAAUUUAUCGAACAGAUUUAAAGUCAUUUUAUAAUCUUGUCUACCUUAAAAUUGAUGGAAGUAAGAUUGAGGUUCUUGAGCAAGGCUUAUUUGACUAUAAUCGACAGCUGCAAGUUUUGGGAAUUAAUAGUAAAAAAAUGAUCCACAUUGACCCAAAUGUAUUUGAUAAAUUGACAAAUUUGCGAUAUUUUUUGUUCGAGGAUGUUCCGUGCAUUGAGCAGGAAGUCCGUAAUUCACGAAGACAAGUUAUAGAUGCAAUUGAAAUUGUUAAAAAUCAAUGCACAGCAAAUGAGUUUAUAGACUUAAAAAAUCAAUUUGAAAUCCUCAAAAUUGAAACUAGACAAAACAUCAGUUCUGAAGAUUUGGAACUGCUUUUUUACAAUUUUGAAAUGACUUUUAAUAAUUCUAUAUUUUCGAAAUACCGUCCGUUGAAAAAUGAGUACAAUAGCUUGAAGAACAAUGGAUCAAUCUCAAAACUAGCAACAAUUUUGCCGAUUCUUUUGUUAUUUUUGUAUGGAAUUUUCAAUUAAAAAAGUUCAAAAAGUUAAUAAAAAGUGAGAAAAUUUAA